CCUGCAAAUGUCUUGAUAAGCCGGUGCCGAAUUACACUAAUCUUUAAAGAACCUUCACUGCUUCAAGUGCCUCACAUCUGAAGGGAAAACUUUGAAGUUUAGUCUUUUUGUUUUGUUUUGUUGUUGUUUUUUUGCUUGCAUUUUAAUUUAUUUUCACUAUUUAUUACAGAAGAGUAUACGUUUACACUGAGAAUGACUGUUAGGAGAGUGUAUCACAUUACAGCAUUCAGCUGGUAUGCGUUUAUUGUUAAGAAUCUCAACGAUAAGGAUGGAGAGGAUUUGCCACCAGGAAUCUUUGUUUAUGGAGGACCUUGGAAGUACCUCACUUUUUUGAAUUUGUUAUUGCAAAUGACGUUCUUUGGACUGGCGGCAGUGAAUGAUUUACAACCUGGGAAAAAGGCUGAGAGUACUCUGAGCAAGUUUAAAGACCUUCUCUUCUCUGUCUUUGCCUUUCCAGUGGGCACGUUCGUUGUUCUACUUUUCUGGGCAAUCUUUGCAUAUGAUAGAGAAUUAGUCUACCCAGCUACCAUCGACGCCUUCUUCCCUCCAUGGAUGAACCAUGCUAUGCACACAUUUGUCCUUCCCAUUUUACUUGGAGAGGUGCUGGUGCAGCCUCAUGUCUACCCACAGGCUAAGCAUGCACUGACGGCAUUAGGAAUCGUGGGCUUGGCUUACUUAUCUUGGAUUAUAUGGGUGUACAUGUCAGUCGGGAUUUGGGUGUAUCCUCUUCUUGGGCGCUUCAGUGCUGCUGGUCUGGUGGGCUUCUUCUUUUUUAACAUGUCUGUGGUGAUCUUGCUCUACCUGCUCGGGAACGAGGUCAACAGACGGGUCUGGGAAAAGGACAUGAACAAAAAGACAAGAGAAACAAAUUAAUUGAACCUUUCUCCCACACUGAAAUGGUCACAUGGUUCUCUUUGAAGUGAGGCUAUGCAAACAAUCCAUUCUUUCUCUUACUAAAAACAGUUUAAACCACAGGACAAAACACACCCUUGCCUAAUGCGUUACACAUUGUUCUGAUUUGAUGACUGGGUAAUGAUUGCGAUAAAGACUGCAUUCUUCUCCGCUUGUGCUCCUUGUAACACCAAUUUAGCAUUUUAGCUAAAUGUUAAAUAGCAGCAUUGAGACAGAUUACUUGCAACAAGCAGCACAGCCGUGGGUUACAAAGGUAACAAUAAAGCAAUUAGGAUCCAUGUUUAGCAUAACGCAGUUGUGUGCACCUCUGAGAUAUUCAGUGCAACAUUUAAACUGAACAUACUGCAUGUUUUAUCCUGUGAUCAUGAAAAUCUGCAGGGUGAUGUGAGAAUAACUUGUAAUCCAAAUAAGCAUUGAUUUGAUGACAUCACAAAUCCUUCAAGAUCUCCAUGAAAGUCUGUUUUUGUAUCCAUCCAUCGCUCCAGAUGAGCUCCUUGUUUCUUUUUCUUCCUUUUUUCCAAAGGAGAUCAGGGACCACGCAAGUCCCUGUAGCCUUUUAGGUGAUGGAGGUAGUUUGGAUCCGCAUCCACCAAUCCAACCGAAAGGAUCUUUGCCAACAAAUGCAAGUCAUCUUCGCUCAGAUCAUUCUGUUGAAGAAAUUGAAGUCAGAUAUUUUAUCCAAACUAUUCUCAGUAAGCUCAGCAUUUAACUUUUGAUUGCCGCUUACCAACUUGUUGUUUGCAGAGGAUUCUGGGAGCUGGGACUUUUGUGACUUGUUUCCCUGAAAAUGAUAAGAAUCAUUACACAGAGUUACUCUUUGCUUCCUUGUUACACCUCUGGGCACUCUCUAUAAAUUUUUCUGUUUGCUUCAAACUCCUUAUUAUUGAUGUAUGUCUUGUUUUGAUCUGAGCUACAUUUAAAAAAGAAAGAAAGAAAAAUAAAUAGCUGCUUACCUCUUUGAGUCCCGUUGAAAACCAAUAUAUGACGAAGAGAAGACCAGCAACGAUCUUAAGGCAAAACGAACAGCAGUCAGUAUCACACAGGUUACAGUCACCACUAGAAAACGAAAUCUUUGAAAAGUGAGCUUACUUACAGCUAAAAGACUUAAAAUAAUAUAUAAAGAGGUCUGCACUUACUCCGAUCAAGUACAACAUGUUUGCUUCUGUUGUGUCUGCCUUGUUUGUGCUCUGAUUCGUAACCUAAGGAGAAAUAAAGAGGUUCCUUCUUCUCCGAGACAUCGGACCACAAUGCGUAAGACAGGAGAGGAAAACUCCCCUAGAAGAACCAGCCGUACAGGAUAGACUGCAUAUUCGCCAAACAGGUUAUCUUAUGCCUGAAUGAAGUCAGUCGCGAGACAAAUGUGCGGUUACGCAAACAACUGCGUAAAAUAGGCUGAUUUGUGUGUAAUAAGAGCUAUCAUUAGCUGUAAGUCUUAACGCAGGUUAAGAUGAUCUCACCACAGUGACACCUAAAAACAACAGAUGUCAAAGAGUGACAACCUGCCUGUCGUCCGCUCUGUCAUAUAUUUACGCAUGGGAAACUCUUGGAAAAGUUUAACUAAACUGCCUCCUCCACCUUCAACGGCAAUGCACUGAAAUAAUAUCUAUGUUUAUCAUACUUUCAAAGUAUGCAAAAACCUGUUUUUGACUCAGCCUGUCCCCUGUUUCGUGCAAUCAGUAGUCGAUUUUAAAAUGCACCUCAGAUAGCAUUGUUUGUUUUCACUACAAGCUCAGUUUCAUUUUAAAGAGAUUUGAAUGAGAGAUGCAUACAUAUGGCUUCUUCUUUGUAUGAUACAACCUGUAUUUGUGGAUGAAAUGGUGAACUGCGUUCACGGAGAGUAUUUUCUGGAAGUGUUCCUCCCUCCAUGCACUGAUUUCCAUGACACAAUAAUGCCUGUUUUUAAUGCCUGUGUUGCCUGAGGGCCCAAAGCCCUGAGGCUGUCCAGUAUUGUCCCAUGAACACAAAGAUUUCUCCACAUUCUCUGAUUCUUUUGAUGAUACUAUAUGAUGUAAAAUCGUUCCAGCAUUUUGUUGUCCCAACCCCAGCUUUUUUGAGACAUGUUUUUGCCAUCAAAUUCAAA